UUCUCUGUGCAUGCCAAAUUGAGGGCAGUUUUGUCAUUUCAAUGAAAACCUAGAAAUAUUUCAUCUUUGCCAAACAGGUACUGUUGAAGUUUUUAAUGCUGAUGAAAUCGCUCGAGCAAGGGCUUAGAUUCCACACGCAUUUCAUCAAAAACGCCCUUUUCCCAACCAUUUUUAUUUCCAACCAGCUCAUAGACAUCUACUCCAAAAAUGGCCUUCUGCAAGAAGCUCGCUACCUGUUCGAUGAAAUGUCUCAAAGAAACGUCUUCACUUGGAACGCCAUUAUCCACGGCUAUAUUAAGAACAAUGACAUAACCAAAGCCCGUCUUCUCUUUGAUUCAGCUCCUGACAAGGACUCGGUCACUUACAAUUCAAUGAUUUCCGGGUAUGUGAGGACCGGGCACGAAUGCAAAGCUCUCGAACUCUUUGCUGAAAUGCAAGACAAUGCAAUUCCAAUUGAUGAAUUCACCCUCACCACGAUGCUGAAUUUAACAGCCCAGCUGUCGGUUCUACCAUACGGAAAACAACUCCAUACAUAUGUGGUGAAAACUGCAAAUGAUUGUCAUUGUUUCGGUAUAAGCUCUUUGAUUGAUAUGUACUCGAAAUGCAGGUGCUUCGCAGAUGCACAUCGAGCAUUUGAGGGAGCUGUUGAAAAAGAUUCAGUUUCUAAGAACGCAAUGGUUGCAGCUUGUUGCAGGGAAGGAGAAUUGGAUAUGGCUUUCGAUCUUUUCUGGGGAGAUCCUGCUGUAAAUGAUACAGUUUCUUGGAACACACUGAUUUCGGGUUGUGCUCAGAAUAGUUAUGGAGACGCAGCACUAGCAUUGUUUGUUCAAAUGGGCAAGAACAGCAUCAGACCGAAUGAGCACACGUUUGCUAGUGUUUUGAGUGCUUGCUCGAGUUUGAAGAGCCUAAAGCAUGGGAAGGAAAUUCAUGCUUGCGUCUUGAAGAACGGGUUGAGCUCAAAUCAGUUCAUAAGCAGCAGCAUUGUUGAUGUCUACUGUAAAUGUGAUGAUUUACAGUAUGCUGUGUCUGUCCAUGCUGCAGCCCUAACGGAAAAUGCCUUCUCAACUGCUUCGAUGAUUGUGGCACAUUCCUCUCGAGGGAAAAUGGUAGAAGCACGGAGGCUUUUUGAUUCGUUAGGUGAGAAAAAUUCCGUUGUCUGGACAGCUUUGUUUUCUGGCUAUGUUAGACAUGGACAGUGCGAUGCUGUUUAUGACCUUUUCAGGGAGUUUGAAAGGAGAGAAACAGGGGUGCCAGACCCGCUGAUCCUUGUCCACGUGCUUGGGGCUUGUUCGAUACAAGCGGCACUGAAUCACGGGAAGGAAAUCCAUGCUUACAUGGUGAGGAUGGGGAUGGAGACAGAAGAGAAAUUGGUUAGCACUAUGGUUGACAUGUAUGCGAAAUGCGGCGCGAUUAAGUAUUCAGAAGAGAUUUUCCAACACACGAAUGAAAGAGAUCGAGUCCUCUAUAAUGCGAUGCUGGCUGGCUUUGCACACCAUGGGCGUGAGAAGGAAGUGAUCCAGCUAUAUGAGGAGAUGGUGGAGAGAGAUAUCAUCCCUGAUGCAGUCACCUUCAUUGCGCUUCUAUCUGCUUGCCGACACGCUGGAUUAGUGAAAGCAGGGGAGAAAUACUUUCAUUCUAUGACCAAAGAUCAUGGUAUCACCCCAGAAAUCGAUCACUAUUCCUGCAUGGUUGAUCUUUUAGGACGGGCAGGCCACUUGGACAAGGCACUGUUGCUGAUCAGACGGAUGGCAGUUGAACCGGAUGCUAUAAUCUGGGGCACUUUUCUAAAUGCUUGUAGAAUGAACGGGAAUGUAGAUUUGGCAAGAAAAGCAGAGGACGGACUGUUGAGGAUGGAAGCAGAUAAUGGGGCCCGCUAUGUGCAGUUGGCGAAUGUGUAUGCUGCUCAGGGGGAGUGGAGUGAGAUGGGGCGUAUAAGGAGGAAAAUGAGAGGGAGAGAAGCGAAGAAGAUUGCUGGUUGCAGUUGGGUUUAUGUAGAAAAUGAAAUGAAUGCAUUCACUUCUGGUGACAGAUCUCACUCAAAAGCUGAGGCUAUUUAUGCAAUGUUAGCAAGUUUGAGUGCAGAAAUGAGGGGGGGAGACAUGGCUAAACAGAAAUACACCGACUGAUCUCAACAUCUAUUGAGCACUGUGUGUGCGAGGGUGGGUGCCGACUGCCAUGAUCUCCCACUGUUCAUUGUAUUGUGACUCCGGACAAUUUCUCAAAAGUGGGUCAGAAACAGAAUCUC